AUGCCGCCUUCCAGACUCCUGUCGCAGCUUUUCCCGUCCCUGAGAUACAGUCGAACCACCCUACAGCAACAGAUUCGUCAUCAGUCGACCAAGCCCAUAGCCGAAGCCACAAAACACUCUCGCAUCUCUCGUCUUGAAGCCCGUCUCCCACGUUUUCUAGCACGCUACAUCACGCCUCUUCGCAAUGCACCAAUUUCUCACAUAACAGCCUUCUUGGUCCUUCACGAGCUCACAGCCAUCGUACCUCUGUUCGGCCUCACGUUCGCGUUCCACAAGUUCGACUGGUUGCCGCCAGUCUUCUCGGAAGGUUACUGGGUCAAAGAAGGAGUCGAGAAGUUUGGAAGAUACUUUAGGCGUAAGGGUUGGAUCAGAGAUGCUGAUGGAGAGGGAUUCGAGGAUGAGAAGAACAGAAAGGGGUUUGCGAAGUGGUGGCCUAGGGGCGAGGAUGGUGUAAGAUUGCUGGUUGAGUGA